ACAGACAGAGCGAGAGCGUAGAGUGUAUCCACAAAGUCACGUUCGUCCCUCUCGACUCGGUGUCUAAGCGCCGUGUUGACGGCACUUGUUGACAGUCGGUCGCGCACAGUGGUUACAUCCGUUGUUCAUCCCUAUGCAUCUCACUUUAGAAGAAGAGCAAGAUGAUGUUUUGAUGACAGUUGUGUAAGGUAACAGUCCCUUACUCAGGCCAUACACAUUCCAAAAUGAGUGUAAAAAAGAUGUUAGAUCGUCUGACCAGGAGGAAAUUUGUAACUUUUGAUGAUACUUCACUCCCUCGUGUUCUGAAUACUGUUGACCUCACAGCACUUGGUAUUGGCUCAACUGUAGGCGUUGGGUUUUAUGUGUUAGCUGGUGAAGUGGCAAAGAACACAGCUGGACCUGCAGUUACCAUCUCAUUCCUCAUUGCUGCAGUUGCAUCAGUAUUUGCAGGGCUUUGUUAUGCAGAGUUUGGUGCCCGUGUACCAAAGGCAGGGUCAGCCUACAUCUACAGCUAUGUAUGCGUUGGCGAGUUUAUCGCAUUUGUCAUCGGCUGGAAUUUGAUUUUAGAAUAUGUGAUUGGCACAGCAAGUGUUGCCAGAGGGUAUAGUGGCUAUGUUGAUAAACUGGCAAAUAACUCCAUGUCAGAGGCAUUAGGGGAGUCAAUGCCCAUUUCAGUUGACUUUCUCUCUGAUUAUCCAGACUUCUUGGCCUUUGGGCUCUCCUUUAUAUUGUCAGUUAUAUUAGCAGUGGGAGUUAAAGAAUCGUCAAUGAUGAACAACGUCUUCACAUUUAUUAAUUUAGUGGUAAUUACCUAUGUCAUCAUUGCAGCAGGAACACAAGCUAAAUGGGAGAACUGGGCAAUACCAGCAGCAGACAUAAAUGCAACAUGCAUAAGUCCGAACACAACAUGCAUAAAUGUUGAGGACGACGACAUAAGAGACUAUGGAGAUGGGGGCUUUGCUCCGUAUGGCUUUGCAGGCAUCAUGCAAGGAGCAGCAACCUGCUUCUUUGGCUUUGUCGGUUUUGACUGUAUUGCCACAACAGGAGAGGAAGCUAUCAACCCUGAGCGAUCGAUACCUUUGUCCAUUGGCCUGUCCUUAUUAUUUGUAUUUGUAGCUUACUUUGGGAUGUCUGCAGUUACAACUUUAGCCCUUCCUUAUUGCUGGCAGGAUGAAAAUGCUCCAUUGGUGCAGUUAUUUGAAUGCCUAGAUAUGGAUGUUGCAAAAUGGAUUGUCAGCAUUGGUGCUCUCUUUGGAUUUUCUGCCAGUUUGUUUGGUGCGAUGUUCCCCCUACCCCGUGUCAUUUAUGCCAUGGCUGAUGAUGGAUUGCUCUUCCGGUUUUUAUCGAAGGUUAAUAAGAAGUUCAAGACGCCAGCCAUUGCAACCAUUAUCUCGGGACUCUUUGCAGGGAUCAUGGCAAUGAUUUUCAAUUUAGAUGCGCUUGUGGAUAUGAUGAGUAUUGGCACACUUUUGGCCUAUUCCAUAGUUGCUGUUUGUGUUAUGCUGCUAAGAUACACCGACUUGGAGAUCACAAACUGGAAUUCUGAGUAUACAUUACUUAAAUCCACGAUAGGUUUAGAAGCAUGUAUGCUGAAGAUGAAGAUGGAGAUGCCCAGGGUCUUACCUGAGACUGGAGGGAGGACCAAGCCGAGUCUCAGCAACUCAAAGUACUCAGCAAGGCAGUAUUUCCAACAGCUAUUUAACAAUAAGGGCUUGAAGGAACCAACAGAUUUGACAGCAUCACUAGCCAGCUAUGCCACUUUAUCUUUCUGUAUCCUUGCAAGUGUUCUUGGAAUCUUGCUCGUGGUUUUACAGGAAGACAUUGGUGAGGGUGAUGUUGGAGCCAUUGUUGGUGUGUCUAUUGCAUCUGUUUUGAUGAUUGUCAAUGUUAUUGUUAUUGCAAGGCAGCCAGAAUCCAAGAAAAAACUGACUUUUAAGGUGCCCUUAGUACCGUGGAUUCCAGCCCUCAGUGCCUUCAUUAACUUGUAUUUGAUGUUUAACUUAUCACCAGCCACGUGGAUUCGGUUUUCAGUGUGGAUGGCAAUAGGCUUCCUCAUAUACUUUCUAUACGGCCUUGGGAAUAGCACAGAAGAACUAAAAGCAAUAGGUAAAUGGAAAGGUAUAGACAACCCAGGCUUUGUUAAAGAUGAAAGAAAUAACAGCAAGCUUCAGGUGAUACCUACCAUUGAAAUCCAGCCAGCUACCCCUUGCAGCUCUGAACCAAACACACCAUCCACCGUCCACAAAACACCCAGGGCCAAAACACCUCUCCCAGAAUCUCCACUCGUAACGGCAGAAAGGCAGACAACAUCUGCAGAAGUACAUAAUAAGGAAACAGGGAGUGUCAGUGAAAGUGAGAUAAGAGAGGCAUUGGCUUCUCUGGAUAUGAUUGUUGGUGGAAAUGAAAAGAAGAGGCUUGAUAGUGACACAAAUGCAUCCAUCCUUGAAGACGACCAAGAGCACUCGAGUAGCACUAAACGAUUAUCCAAUAGCGAUAUUCAAGCAAGAGAAUUGCCCCCUUUACCAGAUGCUGGAGCUGUGGAAGAUGGAAGCUCAUCAGAAAAUGAAGAAGAGGCAGGUAAAGAAAGUAAAUCAAGGAAAGAAGAAGGAUCUAGUUUAUCUACUGAUCCUGGCUAUGAAUCCUUGCCACAAGUUAUAGCUAAUAAAGAGCAAAUAGCAAAUGGAGAAUCAGAAUCAGAAGACAAGGCAAGCCAGGAUCCAGGUUAUCAAACUAUUGAAGAUGUUAAAGCUGAAGUGGAAAAGGCAGAGAAGGAAAGAAGUGCACAGGGAGAAGAAGACAUAGGAAAGAAGCCACUGGAGCAGAGCACAGCUGUUGAGCCAGUAUAUUCCAUAGUUGAUAAGAAAGCCAAAAAGAAACCUGAACCAUUCGACUUACAGGCAGAACCCGUAGAUAAUGAGCCAUCAUUAAAGGUGUCUGCAUCUGCACCUGUUCUUCCCCUCUCAUCCCCACCACCAGCACCUCCACCACUCCCUCAGGCAGGAAAGGGAUUAUCAACAAGUAGUGUCCCAAGCACCCCAGUGAUUAGGAAACACCCAUUCAAAGUUUUGAAACGCAUGUCCAGUUUUGAUGAUAUACCUCCGUCCUCUCCAGAUAGCCCAUUAGCUCGUCAUUUGGAUAAAUUCAUAAUCAUCCCAGUCCAUGAACCAGAUUCAGAUAGUGAUGUCAGUGUGCAAGCUUCACCUAGAGGAAGUGUACAAGACCCACUAAUGAAUGAGCUCAUGGCCAGAUUUAAGGAUCAAGAAGGUAAUAAAAGCCCUGAAAAUGACAAGGAUGAUAAAAAAUUGUUUUAUGUGGGUAGUGAGGAUUCUUUAGAAAAUGCUCUGGCAGGAGCUGAUUCAAACAGUUUUGUGACAAAUUUACCAAGUCCUACAAUAACAAGUCAGACCAGAGAAUUUAAGAGAGUGUUGACCAAAGACUCGAUGCUGGAUGGUCUAGACACCAUUAGAGAGCGAGGAGAGAGCAAGAUCUUUGCCAGUGAAGAAGACAAACCGAAAGAGAAUACUGGUGAAAAAUCUCAUGACCUGGACUCACUGCCCGAGGGACUUUCUGAGAGCCAUCAUGAUGCUAAAAAAGAUGCUCCCAAAAAUGAUGAAACUCAUAGUCCUGCUGAUGACCUUGCAAAGGAUCACAGCAGUGAGUCUUCAAACUCACUGCCUUUGAAUGGUGAAGAACCUGUAAAAUCUUCAUUCGUCGUAGAUCAGAAAAAAAAUGAAGUUGUAUCUGAAACUGAAACAAAACCAGAAGUCAAACCUUCAAUCAGUAUGUCUGAUUCCCAUAAUGAAAAACAGCCAGCAGUUGAACAAGUCAGUAGGUCUGAUUCAGAGAGCGAAAAGCAGCCAGAAUUAAAACUCCUGUCCAUGAGACCGAUCCUGAAACUGAAAGUGUACCAGAGCCUAAGGGUGCUGUAAAGAGGUCUCAAUCUAAUAAUGAAGAGUUCAAUAAACUAAAAGCAAUGUUUAAUAAGUGAAAAGUACAAUGUGAUUUGCUUAGGGAUUACAUGCUUUCAGUGCAACAGUUGUAUUUUUUUUUUUCUCUCUCUCUCUCUCUCUCUCUCUCUCUCUCAAAAUACUCAUAUGAUGUCAUUGAAUUAAGAUGUGGAGGAAGAGAUAUUUGGAACAAAUUAAUUGAGUUUACACGGGUUUCGAUAUUUUUAAAAGAUCAAGAAAAUGAACUAAACUUAACUGUGUUGUUACAUUUAUCUCCAAAGAACAAUUGAUGUUGCAGUUGUUAAAAAUGAAAGUUUUUGUACACUGUUGUAUUUCUGUUAGUCAUUAUUUUAUAUACCUCUGUAAGUUCAAAAUAACCAUUCCAAUGAGUUCCAAAAUUAUAUCUCCAAAACCUUCUGAAAGCUAUUGGAUACUCUGAUGAAGCUGAUGUGCAGUCAAAUGAUACAUGCUCGCCUAAAACAUUAAUUGUGGUUGUAAUUUAGUUGUAGGUAUUUGAUGUUUGAAAAAGUGUCAAUGUAUCCCAAUUAUUAUUUUUUUUAUUUAUUUAUUUUUUUAUUUAUUUAUUAUUUUUUUUUUUUCAAUCCACUUGCCCCAGGAUUACAAGCGUGGAAGAUAUAUACAUAAUCUACUCUUGACACUUUUGUAUGUGGCCUACAAUUUUUUUAGGAAAUGAGGCUAAAAUGUCAUGGCCAGACAGCAAACAACUGUUUAGCACACACUUAGAGCAGGCUUGACCACACAUGUCAUAGCACCUGGCAUUUGCUCAAUUUGCCAUGACAUGAUUUAGGUGUUAUAUGGUAUGAGUUGGUUUAAGGUUGAGAAUGCAGGGAAAAUGCUGAAUGUUGACUAUUUUUAUAUUGAUAUUAACUUGAUAUACUUUUGUCAGUAUAUUUGUAUAUAUGUAUGUCUAAAGCUUAGUAUUUCUCUGCCUAUGAAGCAAAAUAGUUUUAUUGUAAAAAAGUAAUUGUAAUACUUUUGUUUGAAUUCUUUAUUUUUUGUUUGUGAACAAAGGAAGAACAAAAAAAAAAAUUAAAGAUGAUUUACAUCACUAUAAUCUAAUCACCUUUUGGCAACCAUACAUGAGGAGAAUAUGUUGCCUAUUCUCUGAUUCAGUUGCAGGUUUUGAUAUAAAUAUGGUUUUAGAUAAAAAAGCAUGUACAUAUAGUAUACACACAUUCAAGAAUGUGAAUCUAUGGAAAAUAUACUGUUAUUCCAGA